AUGGAGCACGAGCAGAGGCUACACCAAUUGACGGUACGACGGACUACGCUUAUGGCUUCGCUGGAUCGUGCGGAACAAUUUUUGGAAAGUUUCGAUGACAACAGGGACAGGAUUAUGCUACAAGUACGACUGGAAAAUUUAGAUACGAUUUGGCGUGAAUUAGAAAGCGUUCAGGCUGGUUUGGAAUGUGGAGUAACGAGUGGAGAAGGUAUGAAUCAAAACGCAUGUCACCGUACCUCCUAUGAAAACAAAUACUUUCGAAUAAAGGCUGGUCUUCUCUCUAAGCUCUCUCCUUUUCUUCCCAAUGAAAACAUCCCUCAAACUCCGCAUGCUAUGGUUUCCUCUAGUCUAAAGGGUCUUAAGCUUCCAACUGUCGCUUUACCAGAGUUUGACGGAGAUUUUAAACAGUGGUUAGCGUUCCACGAUACGUUUUUGGCGCUAAUCCACUCCAAUUCGGACGUACCGGAUAUACAAAAAUUUCACUACCUCCGCGCAGCAGUGAAAGGUGAGGCAGGGCAACUCAUAGAAUCAAUCGGAAUUAGUGCUGUGAAUUACCCGUUAGCCUGGCAAGCUUUAGUCAAUAGGUAUGCUAACGAGUACCUGUUGAAAAAACGGCAUUUGCAAGCAAUGCUGGAAGUUCCACGUGUCAAGAAAGAAACUUCAGCGUCCUUACACGGAAUUGUCGAUGACUUCGAACGGCAUUCAAAGAUAUUGAGACAAAUUGGUGAACCAGUGGAUUCCUGGAGCACAAUCUUGGAACAUUUACUGUGUAUUCGACUACCGGACGAAUCUCUGAAAGCUUGGGAAGACUAUGCGUCCACUAUUGAGGAGCCUACGUACAACGCUCUCGUUGAGUUUUUACAGCGCCGUAUCCGCGUUUUGGAUUCCAUCUCCGUGAAUCACACCCACUCACCAACUUCUUACGUCACGACCACAAAUGUUUCAACAGCUCGAAGGUCUUCCAAUCCUAGACCAUCUACCAGAUCUGCUGUGGAUACCUCCACUAGGUGUUACGCGUGUGAGCAACGCCAUCCAUUGUUCAAAUGUUUCAAAUUUGAAAGGCUUCCUCCGACAGAAAGGAUAAACCUUGUCACGCUAAAACGACUAUGCAUGAACUGCUUUCGAAGUGGACAUUUUGCUAGGAAUUGCCCAUCGAAGUACAGUUGCAAAACCUGCAAGAAACGUCACCAUUCGCUCCUCCAUCCAGGGUAUGUUGACAAUGACGGUCAUUCCCACUACGAAUCAACUGCUCCCGCAUCCGCGCAAGCCACCCGGGUUUCAUCAAACGUAAGUGUUACACCCCCAGAUGAAGGUCCUUCAUCCGCCGUCUUCACCGUUGCCACUUCUACCGAGUCGAUAAUGAACGAAUAUCCUAAUCAACCCCAGAAAAACGUUUUCAUGCUAACCGCGGUUGUGAAAAUUACAGAUCGCUACGGAAAGGAACACCUUGCGCGAGCCCUGUUAGAUAGCGCGUCUCAACCAAAUUUGAUGACGGAACGAAUGGCGCAAAUUCUGCGAUUGAAGCGGAAGAGAACAAAUAUUCUCGUCCAAGGAAUUGGAAAACACUCCCAACAAUCCCGAGAAUCCAUAAGUACUAUAAUUCGUUCUAGAAGGGAAAAAUUUGAAGUCAACGCAGAGUUCUUGAUCCUCCAUAAGAUAGUCGCGGAGCUUCCAGUCUGCAAUGUAUCAACUCGUGAUUGGAAGCUACCCCGUGAUGUUUUCUUGGCUGACCCGGAAUUCAACAAAACCGGUGAAAUAGAUUUGCUGAUGGGCAUCGAACACUUUUUCUCGUUCUUCAACACAACCAGACGAAUACAUUUGGGUAAACAUCUGCCAACGUUGAUAGACAGUGUGUUCGGAUGGCUAGUAUCGGGGAAGUUCAGCCCAGUUCAUCCGAGUGGGCAGAAAUCUCGCUGUAGUAUUACUGCAAUUUCGUUAGUUACCCUGGAAGAAAGUAUAGAGCGUUUUUGGAAAAUGGAAGAGCUGUCGGAUCGCAUCAACUAUUCACAAGAAGAGAAGCAAUGUGAGCAAUUUUACUCCUCCACUGUAUCCCGUCAAUCUGAUGGACGCUAUAUGGUUCGUUUACCACGCAAACAUAAUUUCGAUGAACUGUUGGGACAGUCAAAAACUAUGGCACUGCAUCGUUAUGAACUUCUCGAGCGUAGGCUACUGAAAAAUCCUGAACUUAAGGAAGGAUAUAAUGAAUUUAUGUCAGAAUAUCUCUCUCUCGAACACAUGCGAUGUAUUCGAUACGAUGACGAGCAAUAUUCGAAGACAAAUUACCUCCCGCAUCAUCCUGUUACAAAGGAAGAAAGCACGACUACUAAAUUACGUGUAGUGUUCGAUGCUUCCGCCAAAACCAGCACCGGUUUCUCACUCAACGAAACACUGUUGGUGGGUCCUGUAAUUCAGGACGAUCUUCUGACAAUCAUCCUUCGGUUUCGGACAUAUCCAGUUGCAGUGGUGGCGGAUAUCGCCAAAAUGUACCGCCAGAUUCUACUCCACCACGACGACACUACCCUCCAGAGAAUCGUGUGGCGCUUCAAACCAACGGAUCCAGUAGAAUGCUAUGAACUUCAGACCGUUACUUACGGGUUAAGUCCAUCAUCCUUCCUAGCAACGCGUACGCUGGAGCAACUGGCUGUGGACGAAGGCGAGUCCCAUCCAAUUGGAGCUCUGGCUCUGCGAAAGUCCUUCUAUAUGGACGACUUCAUAGGAGGUGCCCAAUCCGUGGCAGAAGCAAUCGAAUUAAGAAAUGAAUUAACAGAUCUAUUAGCCAAAGGCGGUUUCUCGUUACGUAAAUGGGCGUCUAAUAAACUAGACGUGCUAGAAGGUCUGUCGGCCGAUAAAAUUGGAACUCAAUCGGCUAUCAAAUUUAAUGAACAUGAAACCAUCAAAGCGCUUGGUAUUUCCUGGGAACCCGAGUCAGAUUUCUUUCGUUUCGAUUCCAAAAUUCAGCAUCGAAAAGGAUCUCCUACGAAACGCUCAAUUCUUUCUGACAUUUGCCAACUUUUCGAUCCGUUAGGAUUGCUAUCGCCUGUGAUCAUUCGAGGAAAAAUGUUGAUGCAACAAUUGUGGUUGCUACCAUGCUCGUGGGACGACAAUGUUCCAGAUACAAUCGAGGCCGAAUGGAGGGCGUACAUUGAGCAACUUCCUAGUAUUUCUGCAUACCACGUUGACCGCUAUACGUUUCUUCCAAAUAGUACUGUGCAAUUGCACACAUUCUCGGACGCUUCCGAAAGAGCUUAUGGUGCGUGUACUUACGCCAGAUCACAAGACCAAAGUGGGAAUAUUCGUGUUCAACUAAUCGCCUCCAAAGCACGCGUGGCACCGUUGAAACAAAUUACACUCCCACGUUUAGAACUUUGUGCAGCUGGUGUUGCUGCCAAACUCCAUAACCACAUUAUCGCUGCACUCCAAAUUCCUAUCACAAGAUCUUACUUUUGGUCCGACUCUACCGUCACCCUCCAGUGGCUGUGUUCGACGCCAGGCACUUGGAAAACAUUUGUCGCCAACAGAGUGGCGGAUAUACAAACCCUAACUCACGGAGCAUAUUGGAAUCAUGUCGCUGGUAAAGACAAUCCGGCUGAUUUAUUGUCACGUGGAAUGAAUGUCAACGAUUUCGUAACCAGUGUAAAAUGGAAACAUGGUCCCGCAUGGCUUUCAAAUACGGAAGCAGAAUGGCCAAUCACUAAACGCACGGAUUAUCCACACGAUGGAAAAGAGAGAAGAAAGGUUCUGACGCACACUAUUAGAACCACAACGAUAUCAAGCCCUCGAGUAAAUCCUAUUAUCGUCAAAUUUUCUUCGUAUCGUAAACUGAAACACACGAUUGCUUUCGUUCUGCGUUUUAUUGAAAAUGUUCGUUCUAAAGCUCGCACACAACCCCGCCACACCGAUGAUUCAAGACCUAGUAUCUCACUAACUCGCAACAACACAGAUGCUGCUGAAGAAAAACUGAUACAACUCGCUCAAGCUGAUAGUUUCACGGAAGAAAUUCACCAACUAAAAGUUCACAAAAUGGUAGCAAAACGUUCGUCAAUACGAUUGUUGAUUCCGUUUCUUGACCCUAGGGGAACCAUUCGGGUAGGGGGGAGAUUGAAGCUAUCUGACCAGCCUUUCAUUAGCAAACACCAAGCCCUACUACCAAACUUUCACCCUCUAUCUAUUCUAAUCGCCAAACAUUAUCACCUAUCGCUAAUUCACGGUGGCGGCCGAUUAACACUCGCGGCCAUGAGAUCUAAAUUCUGGCCAUUGAACGGUCGAAGAUUAGUACGCAGCGUGCUACGUAGCUGCUAUCAAUGCAUUCGAGCUAAUCCUGUCCCGAUGAGCCAACAAAUAGGACAACUUCCAGUACACAGAAUCACUGCAAGUCGACCCUUCUCAAUAUGCGGGAUCGACUAUGCAGGGCCAGUAUACAUCAAACCAGCCCACAAGCGUGCCGCACCCACAAAGGCAUACAUCUGCGUCUUCGUUUGUUUCUGCACGAAAGCUGUCCACCUUGAGUUGGCCAGUGACCUGUCGACGCAAGCUUUCCUAUGUGCUCUACGUCGCUUCAUCGCUCGCCGUGGCCGACCGUCGAACAUUUAUUCCGAUAACGGCAAAAACUUUGAGGGAGCAGCCAACGAACUUGGAGAAGUGUAUCGGAUGCUGAGAAAUGAGAACGAGAGGGAGUUAAUCAGAUCCUCAGAAACAAGCGAGGAAAUCAACUGGCACUUCAGCCCACCAAAGGCACCACAUUUCGGAGGACUGUGGGAGGCGGCAGUGAAAGUGGCGAAACGACAGCUGUAUCGGCAGCUAGAAAAUUCGAGACUUUCCUUUGAACACCUAACAACAAUCCUCACUCAAAUCGAAGCGAGCAUGAACUCGCGUCCUUUCGUUCCUUUAAGCGAGGACCCAAACGACAUCGCAGCGAUAACACCAGCCCACUUUCUCAUCGGAAGCACGAUGAACUCAAUUCCCGAACCAGAUUUACGUCAGAUCCCGCUCAAUCGACUGGACCACUACCAGAGCCUCCAGAGAAUCUACCAGCAGUUUUGGCACUGUUGGAGGACCGAAUAUCUGCAGGAGAUGCAGCGUGAUACAAAAUGCUGCAAUCCCAACACGGACAUCCAACCAGGCCGACUCGUGGUUUUGGUCGACGAACUGCAGAUGCCGGUGAAGUGGCCACUGGCCAGAAUAGUUGCACUUCAUUCUGGCAAGGAUAAACAAACACGCGUCGUAACGUUGCGAACGAGCAAAGGCAUCAUGAAACGUCCGAUUACUAGAAUCUGCUUGUUACCUGAGCAGGAGAGUCAAUCACAAACCUAG